UGACUUUCAGGGACAACAGACGCUGCUUAAAUCCCCCACUCAGCCUCAUUCAACAUCAGCAGGCUGGACACUGACGAGCGUUUACUCGGGUGUGUGUCUGGGUGUGCGUGCUGGCACUUUGACACCCAAACGAACAGUGUGCGCGCGCGCCCUGCUGUGUCUCGCUUUGCCGCUCAUCGCCUAUAGCCAAAGGAAAAAGGCUUAACGGACCGCGUGCAUGCAGGCAGGCAGCGACGAACCCGGCUCAUUAAAAUCCCGUCUGCAGACCCUCCGCCGGCCGCGCGCAGUAGCCUGCUACCACAGGUCCCCGCGGUGCAACCGACGGACCCCAAAGCGCAGAGUGACACGCGCGCUAAAGGUGUGGAGGAGAGGGCACCAGCUCGGUACAAUGGAACCGAACCCAAGCCGUUAAACGGUUCACACACACACAUCAGCUGUGACGGAGGCCAAACGUUGGGGUGGAUAACGGCGACAUGGCGAAAACCAGCAAGAUCUGAACUUUGGAGGAUCCGCUUUGAGGAUUAUUGUACAGCCCCACAAUCUGACCGGUACAACGAGGGACGGGACCACAGUCUGCAUCAGUGUGUCAAACGGAUAACCCACGGUAUGGCGCGCGCUGACUGUCGUUUGGGAACCUGGCAGGUGCUACUGACCAUCUCAAUUGUCCUAAUCCCCCUGUCUGCUCACGGGAGGCAUUCACUGACCAGGCGCCAUCAUCACCACAACCAAUCAUUUGUCAAUAAGGAGGCUUUGAACACCAGGAUGGUGCUCAGUGAUGACUCGGCAGAGAGAGAGCACUUGAUUGGAACAGGCCUCGGGCUCGGGGCCAAACUCCCACUCAGCUCCACCAAACAUCACCAUUCUCAUAAACAUGCCCACCUAGACUUGGUAGAGGAGGACCCACCUGUGGGGGAGGAGCUCACUGCCGGAGGGGCGGGUCCAGACCAGCCCGCAAACCCUAUGUCCGAUGACGUCAUCACCGUGGAGUUUCACAGCCCUGCGCCGGAUAUUGUGCCCUCUGAUGUUGCUCUGGAUUGGGCCAAAGCCCCAAAACCCCAGAAGCAAAAAGCAGGAGACCCUACUGCAUGGACACUUUCUGACUUUUACGACUACCUGUCCCCUGACAACGACGUCUCAGCAUUAGAUACGACUCCUGAACCUGAGCCCACCGUGUCACCCCCAGCUGACAUGGAGGACGAGAAUCCACUCCUGGCUGGUUCUCCUGCUGUUCCUAACAAUGUGAAGCCUAACAUGGAUAGUGGACCCUCCUUAACAGCUCCUCCCAUGCCAGGGCUGAACAAGGAUGAUGGGUUAGGCUUAGGUGGCGCCAUGGGCACUGACGGCUGCAGGCUGGGCUUUGUGCGCUCUGGACCUGGGGUGUGUGUGUCUCAGUGUGACAUUGAACCCAAUUUCUGCUUCAAUGGAGGAGUGUGCACCGUGGUGGCAGGAAUGGGAGCUUUCUGCAGGUGCAAUGUGCAGGACUACAUCUGGAACAAAGGCACGCGCUGCGAUUGGGCGGUCACAGAGUUCCAGGUGAUGUGUGUGGUGGUGGGCGUGGCCUCCCUGGUGCUCAUCCUCCUCUUCAUGAUCAUAGUGUUCUUUGCCAAGAGACUGCACCGCCUCAAGAAUGAGAACAGGCGCCUUCGCAAACGCAGUAAGUACCGCGCACAGAGCAGCGAGCCACAGACGGAUGGCCUCUCAGUUUCCACAACAGCCGACGGCUCGCAGCCAAACGUAAGGAAACUGUGUGACACCCCUCCGCCCGCUCCCCAAGCUCACACUCACAACCUGGCGUACUAUGACAACAUUAUCUGUCAGGAUGAGCCUCAGAAGCAGGAGGACCAAGCAAAGUCCCCACAACCCAAGGAAGAGGGGUCAAUGAACAUCCUCAACUCCCAUUCCCCCAAACACGAAAACAACCGCCCAACCUCUGUCGUCCAUGACCACGGCCACACCCCUAACAACACAGAGGAGAAUGCUGAGGAUGGAGUGACUAUUGGCCUGGAAGUGCUCCUCCCCAAAGACGCCAAGCUCCAUGCAGAGACCAGCCCGCCCCUUCAGUAUGACGUCUUCCUCUACAAGGUUGCCGGCAAUGGAGACUCCGCCUCUCCCAGCCAUGCCCCUCCCACUCAUAGCGCCAACUCUUACUCCUCCUGUCAUCCAAUGCCCAAAUCGCCCAAAACACCUAAAACACCCAAGUCGCCCAAGGUGCAUAAGUCAUACAAAUCACCCAAACACCUACCCGGAAACCGUGAACCCUUGUCUGGGAGGCACUCCUCACCUGGCCGUAACUCGUCACCUGGUCGCCACCCAUCACAGAGUCGUCACUCUGCGCCUGGGUGCUAUUCUUCCCCCACCUGCCAUCCGUCCUCCCACCAAUCUCCCUCCCACUACAAAUGCAUGCCCACUUCCUCCUCCACCCCACCUCAGUUACGCAGGCCCAGAGGUCGGUCACAAGCUCACGGCUCAGAGCACUCAGGCACUGGGAGAGAGUACCAGAGUGGACACAUUCGUCCAUCCCCCUCCUCCCCUCACCUCACCCAGCCUCCUCCAUCACCAUCAAGGGUGAAGUACAGCCCUGUAAGCACCCGGUCCCUGCCACCACUCUCCUGACCGGGCCACCAGCCUGCAUCCAUACAUUCAAACGCACAAUCUGUCAUAAUCUAAUCCAUCCAACAAUGUGUCCAUCAUGGCUCUAACUCUUUUAUUAGUGAUUUAUAGAUAAUUUAUCCAUCCAUCUAUCAUCCAUCUGUGCACCCUGCCUCCCCACAUUUAUACCCAGGGGACGAACACGUCAUCUGGUCUCGGUCCAUGGAGCCAGAAAACUAGAACUGGGACAACUCUGCAUACACCACACUCUCUCAAACAAUACAUGGAUGCAUCAAAAUGCACACAUAAAACACUGCGUAGUCUCUGCAGCCAUACAUUCACACCCUGAUGUAAAUAACAACCUCUCAAAGCUCAGGUUAUUGCUCACACAAGCACAAAAUGAACCACUACAUGUGAACACGCUCUCCUAGCAUGGUGCCAACGUCAGCAACUGCUGAGGACAUAGUUCAUAAAGGUCUCAUAGAGGUCUACUACAUUAGCCUUAGUGUUAUCAAUGGUUUAUAUAAAUCUUUUGCUAUUCACGUAUGUAAGAUUAUUUCAUGUUUUCACAGGCUUUUAUAGUAUGUUUUUCAUGUUUCUAAUCCUCAAUAAAUACAUAAU